UAAUCCAAUUUAAUUUCUAGGGCCCACACACUCAAAAUACUGGGAACGCAAAUAACUUAAAGUAGGCAAACGUGGAGAGAUACACACGAACAUAGCCAGAAUAGGUCAUUACCAAAAUUUUGCAAAAAUAUUUUCGAAACGACUGCUGUUCGGUCAUUCUCAAAUAUUUGCCACGGAAAACCGGAUAAUCGGACAGUUCGAGAAGUGCCCUGCGAUAAUUGUCAAUGAGCAUUUAAGCAGCAUAGAAAAGCUACCCGAAAAAUCGUCCGGCCGGAAGUCAAAUGUAGAUUCGGAAAACUAUUCAAGCGUUAAGUGACCAUGUUUAAGGACACCGCCACCGCAUCGACCGGCGGACUCGCACGGGAACUGGGUGACGCCCCUUCGACCCCCGGCACCUACCCUCCGCCCACCUCCGGCGCCACGCCCCCCGUCGUCAGCCGCACGCUGGACCGACGCCUAAACCCCAACGCCCCCGUGUUCGUGCCCGACUUCAAGGCCAGCCAGGUGGCCAAAAAGCUAUUUGAUGAGUUGUCUUCGUACACCCGGUGGAGUACGGCCUCCUCGGAGGACAUAUCCUACGGACCCCGUUACGAGUCCAUCUGGCGUGAGGUCAGCCUACAGCAGCAGCAGCGUCUGCCCAAUCCGGGCUUCGGUUACAGCCUGGAUCCUGGCGAGGAUGAGGUCGGCGAACUUGAGUUUGACGAGGUCCAGGCCAUGAAUAUCGGAGCCGAGUCCUAUGAUCCCAAGCUACGAAGCACAGCAGUCAGUCAGGCAAUGGUUGUUCCCGAAACCGUGGGAGAUGUGGAGGAACCUUUAGACGAGGAAAAGAGGAAUGGUUUUCAGAAUCGCCAUUCCGCCAGACCUGCCAGAAGGUGCUGUUCACUCAUGUAGGACCCAAAAAAUGGGGAAUUCCAUUUAUUUUCCAUUUCCUUACUCUCUAAUAAAUUUGGGAAUUCCUUUCUUUAAAA